CUUCUCUCCGACUGCCGAUUUACAAAUUAAAACGUAACUCCGCCACACAGCCGCCGCGAUACCAUUGCCAGCCAUGGCUGCCGUGCUAUCAAAAACUGCUCAUCUCCGUCGUGCUUACCGACUCUUAUCUUCUCACACGACAUCUCGCCUAACACUACAGCUCUCCAAUGAAAUUCCUAAAUCACCAUUCCACCGACCUCUCCCUCAAUCGGGUCUAGGAUCAUUUACGAAGCUCCCUAGGUUUCUAUCUACUAAUGCUAAUACUCAAGCUGAUUCAGAAUUGAAAGCAACCGCAUCGGAUUCUCACUCUGAUCAGGGGAAGCAAUCCGGAGAUUCACAUCAGAGUUCAGAACAGGGAAAAUCUGUUCGAGGCGGACCCAUUUCUUGGUUGAGCUUUCUUUUGCUGGUUGCCACUGGAGCAGGAGUUAUCUUCUACUAUGAUCAGGAAAAGAAACGACAUAUUGAAGAUAUAAAUACUUCUUCCACUGCAGUAAAACAAGGACCUUCUGCUGGAAAAGCAGCCAUUGGUGGUCCAUUCAACCUCAUUAACCAUGAUGGAAAAUCUGUCACUGAGAAUGAUUUCAAAGGCAAAUGGACCCUCAUAUACUUCGGUUUUACCCACUGCCCGGAUAUCUGCCCGGAUGAGCUUCAAAAACUUGCUGCUGCAAUCGAUAAAAUAAAGGCGAAAUCAGGUUUUGAAAUAGUCCCGGUUUUUAUUUCGGUUGAUCCAGAAAGGGAUACAGUAGAACAAGUUUCUGAAUAUGUCAAAGAGUUUCACCCGAAGUUGAUUGGGCUUACGGGUGAUCCGGAUGAGAUUAAAAAGGCUGCUCGUGCUUAUAGAGUUUACUAUAUGAAAACAGAGGAAGAGGGCUCAGAUUACCUUGUUGAUCACUCCAUAAUUAUGUACUUGAUGGAUCCGAAUAUGGAGUUUAUAAAAUUCUUUGGGAAAAAUAACGAUGUGGAUGCUCUAACAGAAGGAAUCAUUAAUGAAAUCAAACAAUACAAAAAAGCUAAAGCCUAAUGCAAGUACAUUGUACACACCCUCUUGACAUGUCUAUUUUUCUGCAUCUUCCAUAUGCGGUUUUUGAACUUUCUUCUUUUAGGAUUUUUGAGGGGAUUAAUGUUUUAGUAUUUUUUUUUAAAAUGGAUGGUAGUAAUAAUUGGAAUUAAUUAAGUAAUUAUGGAC